UUAUUUUUCAGAUUUUGAUAAAAUGGAAAUGCCUGCCGCUCCUUCAAAUGCUAAUUUACAUCAUGAUGUAUCAACUAAUGGAUUCACGUUUCGUAAAAGAAAUGAAAGAGUCGAUUGGAAAAAAUUAGCUUCAAUAGAUAUUGGAAAACUAUCACAAAGUCUUGAUUUUCAUUGUCUGCAAGAUAAUAUUGUCCAUGUUACAUUUUGUGAUAUUGAACAUGAAGUUGAUAGAAACUCUGUGGAUCCCAAUUACAUCAAAUUAUAUAAGCUAGCACAGUUAAUUAUUGAAUAUUUAUUGCAUUCUCAAGAAUAUUUAGCAAAUGUAAUCCAAAAUUUGGAAGAAAAGUUAAAACAAACUUUAGGCAGUUUAGAAGAAGAAAAAAUUGCUCGAUCAAAAGAUCAAAAGUAUAUAAAUGAUUUAAAGAAAGAAAACAAAAAACGAAAACGACAGUUAGCAGCCCAACAACAAUACUUUGAAUCAUUAAAUAAACAAUAUUCCCAGUGCUCUCAUUGUCCAAAAACUUUUAUUGGCCCAUCAUUUCUUCAAAGUCACAUUUUAAGGAGACAUCCAGAAUUUGCAGAUAAAAUACCCCAUGAGAAUAUUGAAUCUAAAGAAAAUACAAAUGUACUUAUAGCAUUAGGUAAACAGUUAGAAGAUAUCAAAGAAAAAUUUACAAAAAGUUCUCUAGGAAAUUUUACAGGAGAAAAUGUAAUCAAUGGAAAUAAAAUUAUAGAAGAGAAAUAUGCUAAUGAAAAGGAAAUGUUAUUGAAAUCAAUAGAAGAGUGGAAGAAAGAUGAAAUGACCAGGCACACAGCUGAAUUAGAAGCUGUACGAAAUACAUUUAUGAAAGAGUUAAAAGAAGUAGAAAAAAAACAUCAAAAUUCAGAAAUAGCAUUAAAAGAAUUGCAAGAUAAAUAUGCUCAAGUUAGUCAAUUAUAUUUAGAAAAAAGUCAUUUUCAACAUUCAUCAUCUUUAGAAAGAGAACAAGAAGUGCAAGCAUUAAAAGAACAAUUUGAGUCUCAAUUGAACUUUGUUGAAUCUGAUCUUCAAAAAUAUUUGAAGAAACAAGAGAAAGAAUGGCAAAAGAAAAUGGAAAAACAGCUAUAUGAACGCAACUUAGAAAUAGAAAAGUUGAAUAGUGCGCUUCAAGAAAGCAUUGAACAGAUAAGGAAAGAACAGGAAAAGAAGGCUUCUAAUGAGAAGUAUUAUGUAAAGCAAAUACAGAAAUUAACAGACAUAUCAAAGGAACAAGAAAAGAAAUUGAAAGAAAUUUCUGAUAUGCAGAAUCAAUUACAACAACCAAAUAAAACUCCACCUCCACCUCCACCUCGAACUUAUAUAGUAAAUAAAUCUUCUCAAUCCCAAUCCCAUACUAGAGAAAGGAUGAAAUUUGUGGAAAAAAAGGCAAAGUCUGAGAGAGAUGCUUUGAUUGAAAAAUAUGAAAAAUUCAGUAAUAUACGAGAUUGUUAUGAAAAUGUCAUAAAUCACCUAGCAAAUGAUUCAUUAAAGGCUUUAGAAGAAAAGUCUCAGCAAGUAAAAUGUUUCCCAGAUAAAGAAAACUAUACUGAGAAGAGUGCGGUAUUGAAACAAAGCCCAAUAUUAAAAUCACAACAUUUUGUUUCUUCUUUGUUAUCCCCAAAAGCACACAAUUCUAGAAUAGAUUCUUUUGAUACGUCGCCAAAAUUUACUCAUCCAUAUAUAAAAACAUCCUCACCAAAGACAUCUUAUUCAUUUGCACCUGCUUAUGAUUCUUCUCCAAAACUAGAUCAUUCCAUAUUAAAAAAAUCUCACAUAGAAAAUCCAAAUAAAUCUCAGAGUCCUCUUGUUCAACACAUGCCUGUUAAAGGUCAAAUGCAGAAAGAAGACAGCAGUAAUAGUGAAAGCAUUGAGGAAGAAUAUUCUUCAAUAUUAAAAACUCUAAAAGAAGUGCAACCUGCCCCACGCAAAUCGUUAACUGAACCUAAACGAGUGUCUUUCGAAGAUGAAAAGACAUCCAGUGAAGAUUCAGAAUUAAGUGAUUCAUAUGUAGAAAGCUCAGAAAGUUCCGAAGCAGAGGAUGAUGAUGAUGAUGAUGAUGAUACGGGCAUAAAUCAAUAUCAGCCAAUUCGUGUAAAACCUCCUUCGGGUGAACGGGUGACAAAAUUAACACAGUCAAUUGAAAAUCAAUUGAUGGGAAGGAAUUCCAAACCUCCACCUGGUGCUAUUGAUGUUACACCAAAAGGAAUUUUUGCAAGUCAGAUAGCUUCUGAUCAAGAAAAAUUUGAUGAUGAUAUUUCUCUAUCAUCACCAGAAAAAGAAUUUAAAACUUUUGAAACACAAAUACAAACUUACAAAACUGAUAUUACAUCAAAAGUAUUGAAUUCAAAUGCAUGGAGUACUUCAAAAAAAGAUGAAUCUGAGAUUCAAGGAUCGACAUCGACAAAAAAAGGAACAUCAUCUUGGGACAGUGAAGACGAUCUUAGUAUAGAAGAAAUCCAAUAAUUUUUGUUUUUAAUCUUGUUAUACUAUCGUUAUAUUAUUAAGUUUCUAGUAAUUAAUUAGUUGAUUUGUUAUAUCGCUAUUUAUACAUAAAACCAUGUCACAGGGCUUGUCUUCCACAGACUGCAUUUUUGUAUGAAAUAUAUGAUAUUGAUCUACUGUUUAAAAUGUAGAAUAUUCUAACAUUAUUUAUUGUCCUUUAAAUGACUUUUAUUAUUUAUGAAUUUUGUACAAAUGGAGACAGCAUUGAAACUAUUCUGCCAUAUUUUAAUCAAAAUAGAAGUGCCAUUACAUAUUUUAAAAUGGGUACUUUUUGAUCUGUUUUUAAAUUGUGCCUGAUAAAAUUGUUGUUAAUCACCGUCCCAUUGUCACUUUUACAAUUUUACAUACAAAUUGUACUUAAUGCACAUUUUUAAAAUUAUGCAGCUAUUUUUUGAAGUUGAAAUGUUAUAAUUUGUUGUUUAUAUUUAUUAUCAAUUGUAUUAUUCAAAUAAAAUUUUUACUGUUAGUACUUUUAUACAUUUUAUAUCAUUAGUUAGUCAUUAGUGAGAGAUAAACUUAAUGCAUUUUUUUAUUAAAAUGCAAGACAAUCAUGUUUUAUACAGUAUUUCAUGUAAAAGACCAAAAACCAUUUUUUUAUGAGUAGUAAUUGAUUUUUCUCCACAUUCACCAGUCAAAAAAGAAAAAAAAUCAUGUACAAAAUUUUAUAUUUUUCUUGGCA